AUGACACAGUAUACGAUCGAUCAAAUCAUAGAUCAGCUGACUACAUCACAUUUGGAUGAUUUAUGGGUGCACGGCAUUAGACAACUUAAAUCUUGCAUUCACGAUUAUUUUCUAAACAUUGAAAACUGGUCAUUACAGGAUAUUGAAAAUGAAACUGUCUUGAUUGAAGUAUUCAAGCAUGCUUAUUUAGAUAAUGAUAAUAAGAUAAUUAUUCGUGCAUCCUCUAACUAUCAUGGAUGUGAGGCCUUCUCAGAUGUUUGUAUCGAAAUGGAUGAAUCAGAACAAAAUGAUUAUCUGACAGAUGGCGGUUUAUGUUAUGCAAAAGUAUAUAUUAACUAA